AUGUUUUUGCAAGAAGCACAGGUUCCGGCGCGCACACCUGGUCCGCGGAUCAGGAUCGAGGCAAGGGCGUCGCGAGUUAAGCCCUACCGAACGCUACAGCUUAUCGAUUCGUAUACAGCAGGAGAAUUCCGUUUGUAUCGGGCGGAUUGGUCCGCGCCCCGGGAAAGUGUUAAUCCGUGGGCGGACAAGCGAUACAGCGCCGGCUCCGGCGUCUCCGCCUCCGUCGCCGCCGCACCUGUCCUUCAUUUCUUCGCGCUCGCCAUCGUCGCGGCUCUCGCCGCUUCCUCGCCGUCCCCUUCCCCGUCCUCGCCUUCGCCUCCUUCUCCCUACCUCUUCCUCUCUCCUCCCUCCUCCUUCCCCCCCACCACCACCGCCACCGCCACCUCCCCCUCCCCUCCCCCGAGCUUCACCCGCAACAAACCCAUCUUCUCCGUCUACGUCGCCGUCGCCUCCCUCCUCGGCCUCGUCCUCCCCAUGGCCUACAUCGCCCACGGCCUCCUCCUCUCCUCCGACGACGAUGACAACGGCGCCCUCGCCGCCGCCGCGCCGCACCUCUUCCUCCUCGCCGCGCAGCUCUUCCUCGAGGGCGCCGCCGCCGCCAGCGGCUUCUCCCUCCCCGCCUUCGCCGCCGUGCCCAUCGCCUACAACUCGCGCCGCAUGUUCGCACUCGCCGACUGGGUCCGCCGCGAGGCCGCCAGGGCCGCCGACGGCCCAGGAGUGUCAACGCUGCAGGUUUUAGCGGGUCGGGUUUUAGCAUCGGCGAAUUUGGUGUUUUGGGCGUUCAACCUGUUCGGGUUCUUGCUCCCCAUUUACCUCCCUUGGGCUCUCAAGACACAUUACUCAGCUCACUACAAAGAUGAUGAGUCCAAGGAUAAGGAUAUGAAAAAGGAAUGAGAGUUAUUUUGCUUUUGUUGAGCCUAUUUUAGUACUAAAAUGACUAAGACUACUUACUUUUAUAUUUGUACAAAAAAAAAGACGAGCCUAGUUUGGUAUUGCGGUGACUAAAAAUACUCAUUCAUAUACUUUGAAAGACGCAAAAUAUGCUACGGUAUUUUCAAAUUUAUACGUUAUAAUGUUUUUUUGGUGGCAGCUGUUCUUGUAAUUUUGUAACAUCAGAAAAAGAAAAAUUAAAAGCUUUUUAAAUUA